AUGGAUGAUCAAUGGAUUCUAGGUCGGCACAAGGACAAGCCUGAACAUAUACCAAGCUCAGACAACAUGUGCUAUAACCCUGAGGGAUGGGGGCCGCUCUCAUCGAUACGACAACCAGACUUUACACCUUGCUUUGAGGACACUGUGGUCAUGUUGAUACCCUCCAUCUAUAUUCUCGUAGCAGGUAUCAUCCGAGUGUGGAUGCUAUCGAAGCGCACACAUCUAUCCAAAGAUGCGACCAGAAAUUGGCUGUAUUUUGUGAAAAUGAGUGCUUUGAUUAUUCUAUUUCUCAUGGCAGCCACGAGCUUUGUGUUUUCGAUAAAAGAGGCACCAUCCCUCUUUGACAACGCACAGAUUAUAGCACAGGGAUUCAAUGUGCUGGUAUUGGUAUUUGUCAUUGUUUUGCAUCAUUUAGAAUACACUCGGAACAAGAUAUCAUCUGGAGUAUUGUUGUUUUACUGGCUCUUCGAGAUAGUCGCAGGCUGUAUCAAGCUGCGCACCAUGAUCAUCAGUCAUGGCAAAACAAGCAAUCACCCAGAUCAUUUCGCCAUGUAUUUGAUCCGAUUUGCACUGUCCAUCAUCAUUUUUAUAUUGGAAUUGGUGCCUAGGCCGCAGAGUCAGUAUAUCAUGCUACAAGAUCAGGAUGACGAGAUGGAGUGCCCGGAAGAAAAGACCAAUAUCUUUGGGAGAUUGACAUUUAGCUGGAUGACACCGUUAAUGCAACUGGGUUACAAAAGUCCCUUGGUCAUGGAAGAUCUCUGGAAUCUAAAGUAUGAAGACGAAACGCAUGUGGUUGGACAACGAUUUCAAAAGCAUUGGAAGAGGGAAAUGGAAAAAGAAAAGCCAUCGUUAUUUCGAGCACUUGUCUUUACCUUGGGAGGGCCGUUUCUUUUUGCAGCCGCACUGAAAGCUAUUCAAGAUAUAUUGCAAUUCACACAGCCCUUGUUGCUCCGUGAGCUGAUGGGCUGGGUAGGCAGCUAUUUGACAGAUGCCCCUGAGCCUGGAUACAGAGGUGUUUUUAUUGCAGUUGGCAUGUUUUUGACGGCAUUUGCACAAACCAUGUUUCUGCAUCAGUACUUUCAGCUGUGCUUUACUACUGGUAUGAAGAUGCGCGCAGCUUUGGUCACUGCCAUCUAUCAAAAGACCUUGAUUCUCAGUAAUGCCAGCCGACAGCAAUCUACCGUGGGUGAGAUUGUCAACAGAAUGAGCGUUGAUGCCCAGCGUUUGAUGGAUUUGUGUACUUACUUUCACAUUGGAUGGAGUGGGCCAUUUCAAAUCACUAUUGCUCUGUAUUUGCUAUGGAAAACAAUGGGUCCUAGUAUUUGGGCAGGUGUCACUGUGCUGAUCCUCGCCAUUCCUUUGAAUAUGCUGAUUGCAAAGACAAUGCGCAAAUACCAAAAGGCUCAAAUGGACAACAAAGACGCAAGAGUAAAGCUGAUGAAUGAAAUCCUUAAUGGCAUCAAAGUCAUCAAGUUGUAUGCCUGGGAGCUGCCGUUUAUAGAGAAAGUCAGCUUUAUUCGUAAUGAUCUCGAACUAGCCAUGCUCAAGAGAAUUGGCUUGCUCUCAGCAGCACAAAGCUUCACUUGGACAUCAAUUCCAUUCUUUGUUUCUAUAUUCACUUUUGCAUUCUAUGUCAUGAUAACAGCAACUCCACUGACUAGUCAAAUUGCCUUUGUAGCCAUCUCGCUUUUCGGCCUGCUUCAGUUUCCAAUGGCUAUUUUUCCCAAUGUCAUUACAUCCAUCAUCGAAGCCUCUGUGUCUCUAUACCGUAUUGAAGACUAUCUGUCCAGCGAAGAGAUUGACUCUAGUGCUAUCACCAGACAAGAUUUCAGAAAGAUGCCCAAUUGGAAUCCCAGUGUCCCUCUGGUGGAACUCAAGAACGCAAACUUCAAGUGGAACAGACAAGAGAACUUGAACGAUCUCAAUAAUAUCAAUAUCGCACUUAAGAAGGGCACAUUGACAGCUGUUGUGGGUCGUGUGGGAUCUGGUAAAUCAACACUAGUCAGCUCUAUUUUAGGCGACACAGCUAAGGUCAGUGGUCAAGUAACUCUGCGUGGUAGCAUUGCCUACGUGCCUCAACAGCCUUGGAUCAUGAAUGCUACGUUACGAGACAAUAUCACAUUUGGUCUUCGUUGGGAUCCUGUGUUCUAUGAGCAGGUGCUGGAGGCGUGUUCUUUGAAAUUGGAUAUGAAAAUGCUGUCGGAUGGCGAUCAAACUGAAAUUGGAGAGAGAGGCAUCAACCUGUCUGGUGGACAAAAGGCGCGUGUGUCUCUCGCUCGUGCUCUGUACGCUAGAGCAGACAUUUACAUUCUGGACGACCCUCUCAGUGCUGUGGAUGCCCAUGUCGGCCGUCAUUUGUUUGAUCAUGUAUUAGGCCCUCAUGGCUUGCUAAAGAACAAAGCCAGACUCUUGGUUACGCAUGCUAUUGCUUACCUGGACAAGGCUGAUCAAGUCAUUAUGAUGCGGAAUGGCAGAAUUCAAGUGCAAGGCACCUACGCAGAAUUGAUGGCUGAACAGAGCGGUGAACUGCACAAGUUGGUGAGCGAAUAUGGUAGUCAAUUGCACAGGGAAGAAGUGCGAGAUGAUAGUGCCGAUGUAGUGUUGAGCAGCACUCCUGCAAGCAUUGAUGAUACUGCCUUGGAAGCCAUGGAAGCAGAGCACUCUGCAAGUAUCGGCAACAGUGAGGAAGAGUCUUCCAUCAAUCAAGACAUGCUUCGUCGUAGAUCAAGUGAACGUCGUAUCAGUCUCAGUAGCCUUUUAAGCCAAACCACCUUGAGACGCGGGUCUCUGGCCUCGUCCAUCUUUCGACCUCAACGCAGCAAGAACAAGACAGACAUAUUCCGUACGGGCCAAUUGAUGACAGUGGAAGAAAGCGCCAAGGGCAAAGUAGAUUGGGAUGUCUACAAGCAGUAUGCAAAGGCUUGCUCAGUAGGUGGCGUGGUAGCUGUGCUCGCAUUCCAAUGUGCCUCUCAAGGCUCUCAGGUUGGGUCCAAUAUCUGGCUCAAACAUUGGAGUAGCAACAACUCACAGGACGGCGCCAACAACAACGUUUGGCUGUACCUUGGUAUUUAUGCACUAAUCGGUUGGUCAGCCACCAUCUUUGCCUUCUUACAAACCAUGUUCAUGUGGGUGUUUUGCGCUAUUCGCUCUGCUCGAUACCUUCAUAGCAGCAUGCUGGAGUCCGUGGUCAAGUCGCCCAUGUCCUUCUUUGAUACUACACCCCUGGGAAGAAUUCUCAAUCGAUUUAGCAAAGACGAACAUACUAUUGAUGAGGUCCUGCCUCGCAACUUUAACAUGUACAUUCGUGUGUUUGCACAAGUCGUGGCUACUGUGCUCAUUAUCACCUUCUCAACGCCCUUCUUUUUGCUGCUGGUCAUUCCUCUGGCCUUUGUGUACAUGGCAGUACAGCGCUACUAUCUUGCCACAUCACGCGAAUUGAAGCGCUUAGACUCUGUGGGUAAGAGCCCCAUCUACUCACACUUUCAGGAAACUAUCCAAGGUGUCUCUACCAUCAGAGCUUACGAACAACAGCGUGCCUUUAUUUUUCAAAAUCAGUAUCGGUUAGACAACAACCAAAGAGCCUACUUUCCAUCCAUUACAUGCAAUCGUUGGCUUGCUGUCAGACUGGAGUUCUUGGGGUCCAUCAUCAUCUUUGGCUCAUCCAUCUUUGCUGUGUUUGGUGUCUUGUAUGGUCCCAGAUCUUACAUUGAUCCUGGCUUAGUGGGCCUCAGUGUCUCUUAUGCUCUCAGUGUCACUCAAGCGCUCAGUUGGGUGAUUCGUUCCUACUGCGAUAUUGAAACCAACAUUGUGUCUGUGGAGCGUGUCAAGGAGUACAUUGAUCUGCCACGUGAAAAGUAUGAAUCUGCCCGCAGUGUGGAUCCCAUGUGGCCAGCCAAAGGAAAGAUUGAGUUUCGUGGCUAUUCCACACGCUACAGAGACGGUCUCGACCUCUGUCUCAAGAAUUUGUCGUUUAUUGUGGAGCCAAAGGAGAAGAUUGGUAUUGUUGGACGUACAGGCGCUGGUAAGAGCUCCUUGAGCUUGAGUUUGUUCCGUAUCAUUGAGGCAGCAAGGGGAAGCAUCAUUAUUGAUGGUGUGGAUAUUGCUUCCUUGCGCUUGUUUGAUUUGCGUUCACGAUUGACCAUUAUCCCUCAAGAUCCGGUGUUGUUUGCGGGUACAGUGAGAGAGAAUUUGGAUCCCUUUGGUGCGCACGAUGAUAUUCAGAUAUGGCAAGCAUUGCAGAAUGCUCACUUGAAUGACCAUGUUGCUGCCAUGGAUGGGCAAUUGAACGGCGUGGUUUUGGAGGGUGGAGACAACUUUUCAGUAGGCCAAAGACAGCUCAUCUGUCUUGCAAGAGCAUUGCUGCGUAGAACAACAAUUUUGAUUUUAGAUGAAGCAACCGCUGCUAUUGAUGUUGAGACUGAUUCCAUCGUCCAAGAAACCAUUCGAAGACAGUUUGUCAACUGCACCAUUCUCACCAUUGCUCAUAGAAUCAAUACUGUCAUGGAUUCCGAUAGAAUUCUUGUAUUGGAUGAAGGCACUGUUGGAGAGUUUAACUCGCCCAAGAAUCUGAUAGCUAAUCACAGCUCUCUGUUUUAUAGUUUAUGUAAAGAAGCUGGUUUGGUUGACUAA